CAAACACUGUCUAUUGCCGUAAUGUAACUCUAGAGUGACAUGUUAUAUAAGAUUUUACAUGUAACAUAAACAUUGUUGCAACAAAACCAGUACAAUGAACAACUAUGAAUAUUAUACUACAUAACUGUUACAUUUCAUUUACUACACCGUAACGUAACUUUUAAAAAUAAUUUGUAUAGCAAAUAUGUAACACACUUACGUUGUGGUUAUAUGUUAAAUAAGUAAGUUCAAUUUAUAUUAAAAAUAAAUAUACCGUCAACGUAAGUUAGUUACGAUAUUACUGUAUAACCAGCAGUUCAUAGAUGCAAUAUAACAUAAAUGUAGCUACGUUACUACGUUCAUAAUUCUGUUUUUCCCACCCGGGCAACAGAACAAAAAAGUUUUAGGUUAGCUUGUGUUUUAACCUGGUUUUAACUCGUGUCUCGUGUUAUUUUUAUUAUUUUGUUUGUUUUGUGUUCAUUUAUAUUUCGAUUAUUAUCAGAAUGUCUUAUGCUGUUGUCUCAUUUAUCCGAGAACACAGUGAAGAUGAGGAUGAGGAAGAUUCCACCUCGGAGGUUCCGAUGUCAUGGCUGAGUGAAAGUAAUACAAAAUGUUGGUGGCCAGUGCAUAGCAAAAAUGUGACUUCUUUAAUUAAGAGGAUGGUACCACCAAAUCCUGACAAGUGGGUUCUUGAAAAUGUUAAAGUGGAAGCGUUGGAAGUGUCUUUAGAAAGAGCUAGAAAACUAAGUACAGAUUGCAAUUAUGUGUCUACCGACGAGGGAGAGAAAGGACGCGGAAAACGAAAAGUAAUUCAACCAACAAGGUUCGUAGUUUCAGACGAAGAUGAAUUAGCAGUUCCAGUUUCUUCUAAAAACUGGAGAAAAUUUACAAAUGUUUCCUUACCUCCACAACUCCCCAUCGGUGUUUCCACUUAUAAUUUUUCUUCGCCAAGUCCUUUGACAGCACAAAAUGCAAUAACUACAGAGGAAGAUAUUCAGACAAUGCCGGUUAUUUUUUCUGAUAUUUCAACAAAUCUUGAAUUAGAAGAUUAUAGACAUGUUGACGCAGAAGUUGUAGUCAUACCAAAUAGAGUGGUACAAAACCAAUCAGCAGAUUUUCGUACUCCGGCCUCGCACGAAACAAACAAACAUAUUGAUGGUUUAAGUGAAUCUAAUAUAACAGAAGACACAAUUAGUAGCCGCAUGAUUCAGGAACAUUUUCAAAAAAUAUCCAGGAUGUUUGUCUCAAUAAAUAUGCAAUUAAAAAGCAUUGAUAAACGCAUUCAGAAUUUGGAGAAAGGCGUCCAAAUUUCAGAUUCUAACCAAGAGGAUGAGGGUUUAAAAAUAAUCAAGGAGUAUUUCCCGUUAAAAUCCACUGAUGCAAUAACAACAUUCGAUACAGUAAUUAUUGAAAACAAAGAAGUUGCUAUUAAUUUUAGAAGAUACAUAAAUGGAAUAGGAGGAACUUCUUCAAAGGAUAGUUUGGUGAGAAUAUUGCAAAGAAUAUUCACAAAUGCAUGUGCUGAAAAAUGCUCGUGGUUGGGUAGAAAAAAUAAUUUUGCUAUUCAUAAGUUACACUUUGUUUCUAUAAUCAAAGAGGUUCUCUGUGCCAUGUACCCAACAUUAAAAGAAAACGACUUCGAAAAGUCUUGUGGCGAGUGGUUCCGCUUCGCUAAACAAAGAUUAAACAGACAAAAGUAAAAAACAUGUUGUACAUAUUCAGAGGUAAUAAAAUUUGUUUUAUUGA